AUGGCUGACGCCAAGCGCCCAAAUGCUAAUCGCCGAAAGGCGGACGAUCCCGCCAAGAAACCGAGGAAGAUGUACCAAGUCUUAGGGUUUAGAAAGAUCUUGAGCUUAUGUUAUUUCGCUUUCUUUGCUGGAAUUUUCAUGCUCUUUUCGCUCUAUCGCUUCCAGUUCCUGAACUUUGACGGUGUAUUUUGCUCGGAGGUAGUGAAGAGCAAGGCCAACCAUGCGGCUCCAGGUGAAUGUCAUUAUAUGCCACAGAAGCCAUACAAGACCGCUUUUCUCGUUCACCUUGGCACAAUUCUACCUGCUGCAAUUCUGGCUUGCCUCCAGUUUGUACCCAUUAUCCGUCGCGAGUAUCCCGGUUUCCACAAGCGCAACGGUUACCUCGUUACUAUUCUAAGUUUUAUAGGUAUCGCUGUUACAUCUGUUAUACUACCGGUCAGUUUUGGCGGUGGCUUGGAUAUUCAGCUAGCCGGAUGGACCGUUGGGCUUGCGUUUUUAUGGGCGCUUUCGAGGGCGAUUGACACCAUUAGAUCGAACCGAAUCGACAGGCACCGUGUAUGGAUGCUCAGGGCUUGGUUCUGGGGUGGGUGCAUUAUCACUCAGCGAAUCGUUCAAAUCGUUUCUGUGAAAGUCAUCAAUACCGGUCCCUAUCUAUACGCCAUGCCUUGCCAAAAGAUUAACUCGAUGCUUCAUGAGCGCACGCUAGACCUCUACCCGGAAUGUGUGAUACAAACUAGUGCAUUAGUCUCAGGCACAUUGCAUAAGCCUACCUCCAUCGUAGAGGCUGCAGCAGCUCUCGACGCUGUUUUUGGCACAUCUCUUUUCCUAGCCUUUAUUAUUCACGCUAUUGGUGUAGAGAUUUAUCUGUUCAUGACUAGCGAGGAGAACGAGCGGUUACGGAAAAUCUCAGAGAAGCGACGGGCUAGAGCUGCCCACGACAAGCAAGUAGCUGCGCAAAACGCCAAUACAGCAGCAGCCUUAAAGGCCCAAGUAAACUGGCCUUCACAAGAAGGUAAGUGGUGUGGAUACUAUGAGCAAGAGUACGCUAAGAAAAAACUAUGA